GGGAGGGGACAGGAGUGAGACUGUGGAGGGAUUUGCAGAGGAGGGCACAGCCCCUCGUCCUCUAGCCUGGGCUGGGGGUUCCUAUCGGGAAGGCUGGACUGAGGCCAGGACUGUGCCCCCACCCUUUCAGAGGGAGAAGAACGGCUUGGGCUCAGGCUGCCUGCCAGGGCUGAUAAGGGGCCCUCUUGGGGUUCCCACAAACGGUUUAUCACUGUGGGGGGAACAGCCUGCAGGGCUCAGGAGGGGGCACGAGCAUGGAGCGACUUUGGGGUCUACUUCAGAGAACGCAAAGGUUGUCCCCACGACCCUCUCAGACCAUCUACAAGCAUGUGGAGGGCACCCAGCAGUGGCACCUGGAGGAGGAAGAGGAAGACAGGGAGGAGGGGGCUGAGCCAGCAGCCCACUUCUGCCCCAUGGAGCUGAGGGGCCCUGACCUGGGCUCUCGAGCAGGGAGGCCAAACCUCGGACUCUGGGCAACAACAGGACGAAGGGCUGCCCCCUACCUGGUCCUGACAGCCCUGCUGAUCUUCACUGGGGCUUUCCUUCUGGGCUAUGUGGCCUUCCGAGGGUCCUGCCAGGCAUGUGGGGAUGAUGUGUUGGUGGUCAGUGAGGACAUAAACUAUGAGCCGGGCCCGGACUCCCACCAGGGCACAUUGUACUGGAGCGACCUCCAGGCCAUGUUCCUGCGGCUCCUGGGGGAGGGGCACCUGGAGGACACCAUCAGGCAAACCAGCCUUCGGAAAAGGAUGGCUGGCUCAGCCGGGAUGGCCGCUCUGGCUCAGGACGUCCGGGGGGCGCUCUCGAGCCAAAAGCUGGACCACGUGUGGAUGGACACGCACUACGUGGGGCUGCAGUUUCCGGACCCGGCUCAUCCCAAUACCCUGCACUGGGUCGGUGAGGCUGGGAAGCUCGGGGAGCCCCUGCCGCUGGAGGACCACGACGUCUACUGUCCCUACAGUGCCACGGGCAACGCCACGGGAGAGCUGGUGUACGCCCACUACGGGCGGCCGGAGGACCUGCAGGACCUGCGGGCCCGAGGCGUGGAGCCGGCGGGGCGCCUCCUGCUGGUGCGCUUGGGGGAGAUCAGCUUCGCCCAAAAGGUGGCCAGUGCCCAGGACUUUGGGGCCCGAGGAGUGCUCAUAUACCCUGAUCCAGCAGACUUCUCCCAGGAUCCACACAAGCUCGGCCUCUCCAGCCACAGAGCUGUGUAUGGACAUGUGCACCUGGGAACUGGGGACCCCUACACGCCUGGCUUCCCUUCCUUUAAUCAAACCCAGUUCCCUCCAGUCCAGUCCUCCGGCCUCCCUAACAUCCCCGCCCAGCCCAUCAGUGCGGACAUUGCCUCCCUCCUGCUGAGGAAGCUCCAAGGCCCUGUGGCUCCCCAGGAAUGGCAGGGGCGCCUCCCAGGCUCCCCUUAUCGCCUGGGCCCUGGGCCAGGCUUGCACCUCGGGGUCAACAACCACAGGGUCUCCACCCCCAUCAGCAACAUCUUUGGCUGCAUCGAGGGCCGCUCAGAGCCAGAUCACUAUGUUGUCAUCGGGGCCCAGAGGGAUGCGUGGGGCCCAGGAGCGGCCAAGUCCGCUGUGGGGACGGCCAUACUGCUGGAGCUGGCGCGGACCUUUUCCUCCAUGGUGAGCAAUGGCUUCCAGCCCCGAAGGAGUCUUCUCUUCAUCAGCUGGGACGGAGGUGACUUUGGGAGUGUGGGCUCCACAGAGUGGCUGGAGGGUUACCUCAGCGUGCUGCACCUCAAAGCCGUGGUCUACGUGAGCCUGGACAAUGCAGUGCUGGGAGACGACAAGUUCCAUGCCAAGACCAGCCCCCUUCUGAUCAGCCUCAUAGAGAACAUCCUGAAGCAGGUGGACUCUCCUAACCGCAGUGGGCAGACCCUCUAUGAGCAGGUGGUGGUCAACAAUCACAGCUGGGAUGCUGAAGUGAUCCGGCCACUGCCCAUGGACAGCAGUGCCUACUCCUUCACAGCCUUUGCGGGGGUCCCUGCCGUUGAGUUCUCCUUCUUGGAGGAUGGCCAGGCGUACCCGUUCCUGCACACGAAGGACGACACAUACGAGAACCUACACAGGGUGCUGCGGGGCCGCCUGCCCGCCGUGGCCCAGGCUGUGGCCCAGCUCGCUGGGCAGCUCCUCAUCCGGCUCAGCCACGAUCACCUGCUGCCUCUGGACUUCGGCCGCUACGGGGACGUGGUCCUCAGGCACAUCGGCAGCCUCAACGAGUUCUCUGGGGACCUGAAGGCCCGCGGGCUGACCCUCCAGUGGGUGUACUCGGCGCGGGGGGACUAUAUCCGGGCGGCGGAGAAGCUGCGAAAGGAGAUCUACAGCUCGGAGGAGAGCGAUGAGAGGCUGAUGCGCAUGUACAACGUGCGCAUCAUGCGGGUGGAGUUCUACUUCCUGUCCCAGUACGUGUCGCCGGCCGACUCCCCGUUCCGCCACAUUUUCCUGGGCCGCGGAGACCACACGCUGGGCGCGCUGCUCGACCACGUGCGGCUGCUGCGCUCGGGCGGCUCCGGAGACCCAGGGGCCGCCUCCUCCGGGGUGGCUCCGGGCCUGGGCUUCCAGGAGAGCCGCUUCCGACGCCAGCUGGCCCUUCUCACCUGGACGCUGCAGGGGGCCGCCAACGCACUUAGCGGGGAUGUCUGGAACAUCGAUAACAACUUCUGAGGUCCGCGGGGCGGGGUGGGGGUGGGGGUUGGCAUAUGCCCGGAGCUCCUGCUCUCCCGUUAGAGUGAUUUCUGGGUGAUGCAGGUGCCUAGUACCAACCUGUCGUUGCUGACCGAUCUCUCAUAAGCCCUUCCCGUCUCUGCAAGGGGCCCAGCCAAGAUGCCAGCGCAGACACCCACACCUGGGCUCUGCAGUGUAGGAGUAGGUGAGCGGUGCCUUCCACAAUGGGCCCGCCAGACUGUCAGCCAAUCUGAGAGCACCCGCUUCCUCAUCACACAGCCCCUUCCCCUUCGGGAAAGGGGUCCCCCACACCUAGUGAUGUCUCUGGAAGGUUUCCUUGGCCCUGGGACGUGGCCAGCCCCCUUGGUGGGAGAAUGGCUGGAACCACAGCCUAUAGCCCCAACAGGUGGUCUGUGGCGGGAGGGGCUGGGGUUUGGACCUUAAUAAACCACCUGGUGGCAUCUGUUGUUUAUAAACACCUUUAUGCUUUUUCCUCACCCUCACUCCACCCUUGGAGUCAUUCCUCCCUUGAGACGGGCAGAGGGCCAGAGAAGAUACAAGUAGGAAUGCUGUCUCUCCACAUCUGAGGAGGCUGCAGCCCUGGCUCUCACUCCCAGGGCAACUGCAUAAAUCCUAGGGCUGGGCUUUGGGCUACUCAGUCCUCUUUUGCUCCCAAUAUGGCAUGACAGGUCCUACCCUGGUUCCAGGAUGAAACUCUGCCUCUCCCCCUGCCCCCUCCUUGAGCCCCAUCUGAGCCUGACUGGGUUCUCAGGAGCCUGGACCAGGGUCAGAAACCUCCUCAACUAUUUGCUUCUCUGACAUACUGUUCAGAACAAAUGUCCCAAAGUGGUUUCUCAGCCCUUCACUUUGUCCAUUUGGUCCUUGUAGCACACAGACUAAUGGUCUGGAAAAAGAUGUUCACGUCCUAAUCCCCGAAACCUGUCAGUGAAUGUUACCUUACACAACAAAAAGGACUUUGUGGAUGUGAUUAAAUUGAGGAUCUUGAGAUGGGGAGUGUUUUGAGUUGAAAUAUACCGCCCCCCCCCCCCAAAUCCAUAUGUUGAAGCCUGACCCUCAGUACCUCAGUCUGUAUCUGGAGAUCAGGCCUUAAGUUCAGAGGAGGCCAUUAGGGUGAGCCUAAUCCAAUCUGAUUAGUGUCCUUCUAAGAAAAAUUGACACAAGGGAGUCUGGAUGGCUCAGUCAGUUAGAUGUCGGACUCUUGACCUCAGCCCAGGUCUUGAUCACAGGAUCGUGAGUUCAAGCCCUACGCUGGGCUCCGCACUGGGUGUGGAGCCUACUUAAAAAA